CACUAACCAGGUACGAGCAAAUUCGUUGUUUUUUUCGUGGUUUUUCGCGCGCCACGGCCGAAAAAGCCGAGGCGUCGUGAAUUUCGCUUGAUUCUGACUCCGGACGUGUCCUCCGAGUACGCAAACAACAUUUAUAAUAACUACUGUAAAUAGAGAGUGUAUAUAGUGUGAUAGGUGAGUGAUAUAGGUGUGUGGGAUUUUAGUUGGCAAUGAGUUCAAGCAACAAAUCGGUGUCCUCCGGCGGGAAGGGCACCAACAAAAACAAAUCUUCACAACAACAUGGAAAGUCAGAUCAUCAAACUAAAUCAUCGGAUUCGACAAAACAUGAAAAGGCACAGCCAAACACUGUUCAGACGCGGCAUGCACAAAUCAUUGACACGAGAAUGGGCAGUGGGGAAGAUCCUAUUUUGAAGGAACGUAUCAAGCAGGUCAUGGAUAUGACUAGACGCUCAGAGGACGAAGUUGUCAUGGCUUUACAUGAUAGCGACGGAGACCUCGACCGCGCUGUCAAUGAUUUGUUGGAAGGCGUGAAAACAGAAUGGGAAGUAAAAAAGAAAAAGCCUCGCCAACCUAGUGGUUCCAAACAAAACAUGGAUACUUCUGCGGGUCAGGACGAAGGUGGCGACUGGGAUGAAAGGCGUAAUCAACGAGGUGGUGGUCCUCCGCGUAUGCGAGGACGUGCUAAUCAUGAUAAUCGUGGAUGGCGCGGUCGGGAAAAUAAAGAGAAUGAAAGAAAUAUGGAGGAUGGUGUUCGCGAUGGCAGCUACAGUGGUAAUAGAAGAGGGAGAGGCGGUCCUGGUAGACCUGGUCGAGGAGGACGCGGUGGAGGAAGAGGACUUGGUCCGCGAACAUUUGCCAAUCGUAAUGAUCCAUCAUCAACAUCGUCGCCUCAUAAUUUUAAUCGUUCGAUUGAUACAUGGACAGGUAACGAUGAACAACAACAAACUGUCCAGGAACCAAAGAUGGAUGCAUGGAAUAAUUUGGAUUCUACAGAAGACUGGGACAACGAAGAAUAUACAGGUUCAUUGGCAGAUACAAAAGUUUUUACACCAAGUACUUCUGUAGCGGAAGUUCCAUCCUCCAUAGAAGAAACAAAAACUCAAGAUCUGCAGUCGGUGCAAUCUAAUCAGAAUGUAAAUUUGUCGUUACUGCAACAAGAAGAACUACCAAAAUUAUCGGAAAUACCUUCGAUUCAGCAACAGACUUUAAUUCAGCAGUCCCAGCAACAACAACCUGUGCUGAACUUACCAACGAUGCAACUAUUGCAGCAACCAAAUGCUAUCAGCGGCGGAGUAUUAACAGCUGCACAGACUCAGUAUUUUACACAACUUACCCAGCAAACGAGUGAAAAUUUAAAAGCUGCUGGACAAACAACAUUCUCAUCGUCGAUAUCCAGUCAGCCUCAAAGACAGACAAAACAACGCCCACGAGUGCCACCGCCAUCAAAAAUCCCAUCUAGCGCCGUUGAAAUGCCAGGAGAUGCUGUGAAUAGCGGCAUUGGAUUUCUCGAUGUUCAAUUUGGCGCUUUAGAGUUUGGUAGCGAUUCAAGUUCUCUUGAUGGUUCUGCGAAUGAAAAAUUCAAUUCAGCGAGUAGUACAAUUCCUGGUGUAGAUGUGUCUUCUGCCACGAAUGCCGUAAACACUGCCAAUACAAAUAAGUCUCUAGACAUUGAAACAACACAAACAUCAACAACACCUUUCAGUACUACUUCUCAAAUUUUAUCAAAUAGUGAUAAUUUACCAGUGUCGAGUGAACAUUCAAUAAACGCUCAAAGUUUUACUGCUCGCGGUAGUAGUACUGGUCAAACUUUAGACAUAACAAAACAAGAUUUUACCUCGCAAGUCUCACCAGGAAAUGCACCAACAUAUGGUACAGCAACAACUUACCAGUCCCAAAAGUCAUCAUUUCAACCACCUGCUGCAACGCCAAGCACUUAUAAUGCAUAUUCUACAAAUGCUGAAUCGGCUCAAUCGUCCUUCCAAACAGCGUCAGGCACUAGUGCCAAUAGCUAUUCCGCGACGCCAACUGUUUCACAAGCAAGUUAUAAUUCUUCGUCGUCAUUUCCUCAAUCCAAUACGUCAACUUUCAAUCAAGCUUCUCCAUCGGCGCCUGUGUCUGCAACUUCAGGUUAUAAUCAACCAACAACUACUAAUCAGGUUUACCAAUCUACGAGCGGAUACGUACCUGCUACAACAUCGCAGUAUCAAGCACAGGUUGUAGUUACGAAUACUGUAUCAAACAGUAGUACAGGGUAUCAAACAAGUGGUUAUCAGGGAUCUUCUUCAUUCCAAUCGACACCACAAGCUUACCAACCCUCUGUUACUACAUUUACUUCACCUAUUACACAAACUUCUGGAGCUUAUCAAAGCGCUGCACAGUCUGUAUAUGCUAGUGCAUAUGGCACAUAUGGUAGUCAGCCACAAACGGCGUCUCAUAAUCAUAAAUUGAACAGUAACACAACAAAAGAUUCUCAAUACGAUAGUAACACGACGACAUCCAAUAGUUCUCUUGCAACUACCACGGCACCUACAUUAGGCCUUAGCUCUGCCUCCGUAAAUAGUUCACAAACUAAAGUAACUAAUUCCAAUGCGGUACCGAAAAGUACAUCGAGUGGUGUAGUAACUGGUAAUAGUGGAACUGGAAAUAUCACAGGUGGUGGUGCAGCUGGCAGUAUGACACCGAUGCUAAGUCAUCAAUAUAUUAUGGGCCAAGGUGUACCUUAUGCGUUCCAGCAACCAAUGUAUAGUUUUGAAGAUAUGCAGCUUAUGCAACAAAGAAUACCACACAUGCCAACUACUGGUUACUAUGACGCGCCCUUGGGCUAUCAGACAACCGGCCCUGCUACCAGUCUCGGUGGAGGACGAGGAGAUGCACUUUCCGGUGUACAAGGUGUCCAAGGAGUACAAGGUGUACAGGGAGCCUAUACCAGUAUUAAUGACGCCAGGUUCACCAGAAACGACAGCAAUGCAUCUCCAGUUCCAUCUACUAUGUCGCAACAGACUGCUACUCAGCAUCAGCAACCAAUGAUAAAUCCUACGCUUCCUCCGACUUACGCAUACUUUGCAUACGGCGGUGGAAUAAUGCCAGGUAGUUUUCAAUACGGAACUCCUGCUGCCAUUUAUCCUCAGAUAGCUACUGCUGGUAAUGCGGGCACGAACAGCGGAGCAUAUAGUGCUAAACCUGGAAGUUACGGAUCUGGAUAUGGUGCUGGCGCAAGCUACGAUGCUAUGGCAUCUGCUGGUCCCUCUGCUGACUACAAAGGUGCAGGAAGCAGUUAUAACAGUACACAAACUGGCAAAACAGGAACAUCUACUGGAAAUACUAAUACUGGUGGAUCAUCUGCAACUGAUAUAAGCGCGACUAUGUAUGCAAAAAGUCAUGUAGCGCUUAGUAAAGUAAAUUCCUAUGAUAAACAAACUUUUCACUCAGCAACUCCUCCGCCAUUUAAUCUUACUGGCAGUCAAAACGCUGGUUUGCCUAGUGCAUAUGGAACACCACAUUUGUUUAUCCCAACUAUGGCUCAUCAAUUGCAUCAGCCACUUCAUCAAGAUGGUGGUAGCAGCACAGGCCAAAGGUCCAAUACAAGUUCCCAAAACAAAGCCCAAGCAAAACCAGGAUAUAGUCCUAAUUACUGGACUGGAAGCAAUUAAAAAUUUUGGACUAUGCAAGGAAAAAAUAGAGGAAGGAAGACCAUUUUAGACAAAAUACAACUUCGCCAUUGUGAGACACGGUGGUGUGAGAUAUGGACAUUGACAUAAAUGACAUAAAGGACACGAGACAAGACGUUUUUUUCGUGAAACUAAAUAAUUCUGGUACGACACGAGUUAAUGUAAAAUGAAAGAUUGAAUCUUAAAAUAUGGAAGGAUUAAGCAAUUUUUACCGAUUUUAUGUUUAAUAGAGUGAAGUAUUUUUUUCGCAUAAAUCUCAUGCAACAGUUAGUUAAAAACGUUAUACUCUUUCCAAUUAGCCUAAUUACUUACUUUCUUUUUAUAAUAUUUCGAAAUAUUAUAUUGAAUUAUAAAAAUCCUUUACUAUGUUUCCCGUUUAUAAUUCUGUAUAAUUCAUUAAGCGUAUUAGAAAGUUUUUUGGUGUGUAUAAUGCAGUAUAUAUGUUUCUGUAAAAUACGAUGUAUUUUUCUCAAAACUAAAUACGGUACACGUAAAGAAAGAAAAAACAAUCAUAUGCAACAUGAAAAAUUGCAUAGUUCUUCCAAAUGUGAGGCGCACUCGUGCCAAAUAAACUUAUAGCGUUUUUAACGUGUAAAACCGUGGAACGCAUGAUCGUACAUAUUUGUCAAGAUGAUGGAGACAAGCAGAAUUUAUGUGGUAUUGUUGAAACACUAUAAAAAAUCAAGAUUUGUGAGUAGCAUAACUCUCGUGUGAAAUACUGGAAAGAUGAUCUAGAAGAGUAAUUGACUGUUAAAUCUACUCCCGAUCUCCUAUCUGUAUACUACUGUGCAAUUGCGAAUAUACUGCAUCGACUGCAAAGGGUGAUAGUUUUUUUUGUAUAAUGUAGGCAUCUCGGCUCACUAACAUCUAAAGUGCUUCUUUACAUGAAAACAAAGCACCCCGUUCGUGAUGAAACGUAAAACUAUACUAUUGUAAAUUACGAUAAUUGUAUGUAUUUAAUCAUGGUACUUCAGGUAUAUAAAGUUAUAAUCAUCAUAA